AUGGAGGAUCUAAAUGCAGCCUCAAGCGAGAUGAUUACUGAUGACCAGGCGGUCGCUCCUCUCCAGGAUGGGCAGCCGGGAACUGAGAUGCCCACCACCACCCAUUCUUCCAGUCAAGGCUCAGGCUCGCAGUCUCAACCCCUUUCGCCUUCUAAAGCAAAUCAGGAGGCUGCGAUUUCAGAUAAUCCCUUAGAUGCGCCUGCGUCACCAAAGCCUCAAAACGAAGAGCAAGAACCAGAAGACGAGAAAAUGGGGGGAACGGAUACAGAAUCGAAAAGAGAAGACGGUGUAGUGGGCGACGAAGCUGGCGAGGGCUCCACACCCCAGCAGCAAUCAGCUGAAAAUGUUGAUGGCCAGUUGACACAGACCAAAGCUUCUCUGGAGGCAUCGGCACGUUCACACCUGGUAGCUCAAACACAUGCUAUCAUUCUUCCAAGCUACACGAUUUGGUUCGAUAUGAACACGAUUCAUGCUAUUGAGAAGAAGUCUCUUCCGGAGUUUUUCAAUAGUCGAAACCGUAGCAAAACUCCUGCCAUCUACAAGGACUAUCGCGACUUUAUGAUCAACACUUAUCGCCUGAACCCUGUCGAGUACCUUACGGUUACUGCGUGUCGACGAAACUUAGCUGGUGAUGUGUGCGCGAUUAUGCGUGUACACUCAUUCCUGGAGCACUGGGGCUUAAUCAACUACCAGGUCGACCCUCAGACACGUCCAUCAAACCUUGGACCCCCAAUGACUGGCCAUUUUAGAAUUACGGCAGACACUCCCCGUGGCCUGCAGCCGUUCCAGCCCGCACCCAACACAAUUGUCACUCCUGGUAAACCCCACCCAUCCACUGAAAGGGCCGCGUCGGCUACUCCGAUCCCUAAGAGUGAUCUUAACCUCGAGAUCCGCCGCAACAUCUAUGAUGAGAAGGGUAAAGGCAUUACAUCCGCUGAGGACAAAGAAAACCAGACGAACGGCGAAGCUCAAAGUACAAACGGAGCCGGCGGAGAUUCUUCCAUCAAAACCAUGGAAGCUGCCGCAAAGGAAACGAAAAAGAUUUGCCACUGCCAUUCCUGUGGUAUUGACUGCACAAGGUUAAGAUUCCAUUAUGCGAAAUGUGUUCCAGUGACGACUAAUUCUAAUGCUCCGGAUUCGAAAUACGAUUUGUGCCCGAACUGCUUCCUACAAGGCAGAUUGCCGUCCUCUCACAAUGCCUCAGACUUUGUCAAAUUGGAGGAUAGUCCGUAUACUACUAUUCCAGAUCGGGAUGCUCCAUGGAGCAACUCUGAGCUGCUACUCCUUCUCGAGGCAUUGGAGAACUUCGACGACAACUGGCGACAAAUUGCUCGACAUGUCGGAACACGUACCCCUGAAGAAUGCGUCAUGAAAUUCCUCCAAAUGGAAAUCGAAGAUAAAUAUCUGGAGGACACGCAGGAUAUCUCCCUGAUGAGUUCUAGGAGCGGAAGAGAGCCUAUUAGCCAACUUGACAAUCCUGUGCUCUCCGUUGUAUCUUACUUGGCAGAGAUGACUGAGCCAGCAGUUGCGGCAGCGGCGGCAGGUCGAUCCGUGGAAGAAAUACGCCGCAAACUCCAGAAGCAACUCGAGCAAGGCUUUAAAGGUGCUACAUCUGCAGAUAACCAAGAAAAAGAUAAGGACACAGACAAGGGUAAAGAGGAAAAGACUAUGGAAUCCGAGGACACAAUGGAAGUCGAUAUCACGAACGAAGGUGAUUCGACGUCAGUCGUCCGGAGCACAGUAGGCGACAAACAAUCCUCGCGCCCUUCCAUCGCAUCUAUCGGCCUGGGCACUGCUGCUGCUCGAGCAGCAGCUUUCGCUUCAAAUGAGGAGAGGGAGAUGACGCGUUUGGUAGCUACGGCCGUUAACAUAACUCUGCAAAAGUUCGAAAUCAAGCUGGCACAGUUUUCUGAGCUGGAGAAGAUUGUUGAGGCUGAGCGCAGAGAUUUGGAGCAAGGUCGUCAGCAACUCUUCCUUGAUCGUAUGGCGCUUAAAAAAAGGAUUAAGGAAGUUCAAGAGCUCCUUAAGAAUGCCUCCUUGGCGGGGCUGGAGGAGGGAGCUGCAAUGGUGCUCGAUGCGGAAACAGUUGGUAUAACAGAACGAUAUGAAUUCCAGCAACCACCUGCUGAACAAGCGAGAAGCGUUCGGCCUCCAAGCACGCAGGAGGAUGAUUUCAAAACAUUUUCUCUAUGA